AUUUCUCUCUUCUUUUUUCUCUGGCAUUCUUAGUGAUUUAUUAUAUAACUACUACAGUGAAAAGACUCUUUCUUCUUGUUGAAAGCUUGAAAAGGCUCCAUAACUACUCCUCCUCUCUUCUCUCUCUCUCUCUUUCUCCUUUUUUUUUCUUCUUUCUUUCUCCUUUAGUCAUGGAGAAGCAGCACCGUCGAGAAUUGAAGUUCUUGCGCUCUGGUGACUUCCUCCGGCCGAAUUCUGGUGUGCCUGAUCGUACGCUUGAUGAUUCUAGUGAUCAUGUUAAGCCAACCAUCAAGGAAAUGGAUUUCUUUUCUACUAACAGUCAACCACAUGAUCCUCUUCAAGAGAGCAAGAUUAAUAAUGGGUCAUCUUCCUUGUUUGAUUCCGGUGUAAACACUGGAUUAAAUCUUCUCAGUUCAAGCCCGAGAGUUUCAAGGACAACUAAUGAAGAGACACCCAAUUCUGAAAUGAGGGCUCUUAGAAUCGAGUUACAAAGGUUACACGAAGAGAAUCGGAGACUGAGAAGCAUGUUGGAUCAGAUUACCAAAAACUACAACGAACUACAAGGUCAACUGUUCAUGGCGGUGCAAAAACAGGCACAUGGAAAUCAAGGAGAACAGAAGGGUGCAGUUAAUGGCAUGUCAAGUCUCACAGAGUCAGUCCAACAAUUCAUGGACCCACGACCAUCGGCUGCCUUGGAUGUCAAUGCACCUUCGGCAUCUGACGACAAGACGCAGGAAUUGUCAGUAUCCCCAGUAAACACUAUGGAAGUCGUGUCAAAGGAACGCGACCAUCAAAUGACUCAAAUUCCAGGAAAGCACGUUUCUGUUGAAGAUGGUACUGAUCGAACGUCCCAAAGCUGGGGGUCGCCCAAGAGUCCAAAGGUAGAACAGUCAAAGAAUGAAGAGCAAGUCUCUGAAGUACCUUUCAGGAAGGCCAGGGUGUCGGUUCGAGCGAGAUCAGAAGCUCCCUUGAUAAGCGAUGGAUGUCAAUGGAGGAAGUAUGGUCAAAAGAUGGCCAAGGGAAACCCUUGUCCACGCGCCUACUACCGUUGCACCAUGGCUGUUGGCUGCCCAGUCCGUAAGCAGGUGCAAAGAUGCGCUGAGGAUAAAAGCAUUCUCAUAACAACAUAUGAAGGAAAUCACAAUCACCCUCUUCCACCAGCAGCCACAGCUAUGGCUAACACUACGUCAGCUGCAGCAGCCAUGCUACUAUCAGGUUCAACCACAAGCAAGGAUGGCCUAUCGAGUUCGGGCUACUUCCCUUCCUUACCUUAUGGAUCAACAAUGGCCACCCUGUCUGCCUCUGCGCCGUUUCCCACCAUAACCCUUGACUUAACUCAAGGCCCAAAUGCUGUUCCAUUCUUCCGUCCCCCGCCUUCCACAGCUACAUUUCCAUUACCGUUGCAAGGCUAUCCGCAGCUUUUAGGGCACUCUAUGUUCUCUCCUACCAAGUUAUCUGCAUUGCCUGUAACGCAGUUAGGGCAACGUCCUGCUUCUAUGGUUGACACAGUUACAGCAGCCAUUGCUUCUGAUCCGAAUUUCACCGCAGCCUUAGCUGCAGCUAUUUCGACAAUUAUGGGAGCACCACCGAGCAACAGUGGAAACACUAUUAACAAUGGUGGGAAUAGCAAUGCCUCCAAUAGGGUGCCUGGUCUUCCAGGAUCACCACAGCUUCCACAGUCUUGCACCACUUUCUCUACUAACUAGCUAGGGUGAUAAGCACUUUUGGGUCUUCGCAUUCUCAGGUUAUUUAUCACUUUUUUGCAUAACCUUUUGCUUGGUAAGUAGACAGUUUGAGAGAAGAACCCAUCUUUUUUAUGAUCAGAGCAGUAGAAUAUAUGGAGCAAGCUUUGACGUGCACGUAGAUGUUGUUACACCUGAUCCGGGUUAUAUGUAGAAGAAUUCAUCAUAGCGAACUCUUUUGAUCAACAACAGUGUACUGAUGGUUGGUGGUUCGGGCUUGCAGUUUGGUGUCGCUAUAGCCGUAAGAAAAGACUUUCAGAAUCUGAUCAUUACCGCCUUUCCUAAUCCAAUAUUUCUAUACUCUUCAUUGUAGAGAAUUAUGAUAUGUUGUCACAUGCAGUGUAAGCAUACUGAAAGCUUAGAGUGGGUUGUAAGAACGAAUUGGUGGACAAAAUUUUUAAGUAUUUCUUUUGUUGGAGAUGAUUUUGCUUUGUACAUAAUUAAAUAAGUAUGAAGGGAUAUACAUGUAUAGUGAAAGGGAUUUAUAUAACUUUUGCAGAAUUAUAUACUAGCAAUUAUUUGCUUGAGUUGAA